CCACACCCAUUUCUGUUGUGCGACCCGGAUUAGAAGCCUCGCUACGCUCGGCAAUUAAAACAGCAUCGUGAAAGAGCCUCUAGCUAGCGCGCAGCAACCCAACAAACGCCUAAUUGCUCUUUUCUCACCUUCAUCGUUGAACUGCGUUGAAAGUACUGUCGCCUUGCUUUUCUUGGUCCUUUCCAACUUAGACCAACAGCAUCGAACCAGAUCUACGUCUACCUGUGAUAUCGUAUACGGGAUGUAUUAAAUAUUCAAGACCCGGAUAUGAGUACCGCAGCCAGAACAAGUGAUCAAGAAGAAAAAGACGAAGCCGAAUGGACCCAAACACUCAGCCAAGUCGUAUCUCCAUCUAAAAAGACAAAGCUUAUGGCUAUCCAGCCUCCUGCACUUAUUUCCAAACUUGGGAAUUCAAGACUGAUCGUUCACAUCGACAUCGACUGCUUUUACGCGCAAGUAGAAAUGCUGCGUAAUCCAUCAUUGAGAGACCGGCCUCUUGGAAUACAACAGAAGAACAUCGUAGUAACGUGCAACUACGUGGCUAGAGCAAGAGGUGUUUCCAAGCUAUCGCUGGUGUCGGAAGCAAAGCUGAAGUGCCCGGAUCUGGUAUUGAUUAGAGGAGAAGACCUCACACCAUACAGAGAUGUAUCGCACAAGAUGUUUGAACUAAUGCGAUCAUACACAGACAAAGUAGAAAGAUUGGGUUUAGAUGAGUGUUUUCUUGAUGUUACUGAUGUGAUUAGCAGAAUUGGAGACAAGAUGCAAGGUGCAAUUGUCGGACACAUCUACACUGGUGGGGAGUCUGCGUUUUGUGUUGACAGUGUUCCUGAUAGAGACAGCUAUAAUAGACUGGCAGCAGGCUCACAACUAGCUGCUAAAAUUAGGUCAGACUUGGCAGACACCAUAGGGCUGACAUCUUGUGCUGGAAUUGCCCAUUCAAAGUUGUUAGCUAAAGUGGGUGGGACUAUGAAUAAGCCUAAUGCUCAGACAACUAUACUGCCAAUAUAUUCAGACGAUUUAUUGUCUUGCUUGAAAGUCGGUCAAAUACCUUGGAUAGGAAGCAAAUGCAGCAAGCAGUUGAAAGAAGCUGGAUUUGAAUUUGUGUCUGAUGUCGCGUUGUUGCCACAUGACAAACUCGUUGAUAUUCUUGGAGGUGCGAAUACAGCGCAAAACGUUUAUCUACUUUGCCACGGAAUCGAUGACAGUGAGGUAAUACCAUCAGGGGCAGCUAAACAAUACUCUAUUGAGGAUUCAUUUCAAGAAUGCUUUACGGUGGAAGAAGCCCACCAUCGAUUGGACACUCUGUGUUCAAGGUUACUAGAGAGGUACUACCAUGAUGAACAGGACAGGAGGAUUCCUACAACAGCAAGAAUAUCUGUGAGGAAGCAUUCGUCGUAUCAUCGAGAAAGCAGGCAGUGUGCAUUGCCAUUGGCAAUCUUUCAAACAAGCAAUCGAAAGGAACAGUUAGAUGCUAUUUGCAGUGUGUUUAAGAGUCUGUUAUCUAAGGCAUUAGAUUUGAAGAAACCAUUUCAUUUAACUCUCAUUAAUGUGGCUUUCACUGGUCUUAAAUUGAAGACUUCAACUGAUAGUAAUUUGUACAAAUUUUUUCGCCCUUCAGCUGGACAGCAAUCUAUUCUCUCUUCUGAAUCAUCAACAAUGUCAGAGUCUAAUAAGCGCCUACCAAAAGACAUUGAUGUGACUGUAUUUGAGACACUUCCACAAGACAUUCAAACAGAGUUGUUGGAGAGAUGGAAGAAACCUGCUGUUAUUGCAGCGAAGCAAAUAAACAGUAACUCAACAGGGACAGGAAUAAAGAGAUACUUUACGCGUAAGGCAUAGACGUAUUGUCUUGCCUUGCCAAACGGAUAUGACAGACUGCAGCCAUUGCUAACACAUUCCUAAGGCGCAGUAAGCAAGGUCUAAAAUUGAAAACCGGUUUUAUAAAAUUUA